AUGACGCACCCUCCAAAUCAACUCCUGGUUUUGUUUGCGCUUGCCCCAGACUCACUUCUUUCAUUCUCUUGUGGUGGAACUUUGGCAGCGCAGGCUUACGGACAGACGUUCUCUUCGCCGCAGUAUCCGUCCGAAUACCCUUCAGGAACUGAGUGUGUCUGGAUCGUACAAGCUCCUAAACAGCAAUUGAUCACACUCAGCAUUGAGGACGUUACGCUCGCAUCCGAUGACGAAUUGAUAAUUUACGACGGCUCAUCACCAACGUCUGCUGUCUUGGCUAGACUCUCUGGCAACAGCUCCAAUAGAGAAUAUUUGGUGACCACACAAAACAAUGCCUACAUUUACUUCUUAUCCAAUAGGGAAGGGACGAGGAUUUUCGAUAGGCUACAAAAGAGGCACGGAUGUGACGUUGUAAUACAUCAGACAUGGGGAUCAGUACUUUCCCCGGGAAGCCUCCGGGUACCCUAUCCCGCUGGAAUCGAAUGUACCUAUACCAUGGAGUUACCCGAAGAGUACAAUGAUCAACCAUUGAGUGUGCGCUUUGAUCGGUUCGACAUCGCUGCCGAUGAUUAUGUGAAGGUGUACGAAGGUUCCACAAAAGGUCGAGCUCUCCAUGAAGGUUCUGGUUUCAACAACGAACAGCGUCCUCCACAGCAACUUACCUCGCGAAUGGGCAGAGCUCAAGUGGUACUGAAAACAAAUGCUGUGCGAAAUGCUAUGGGAUUCAAUGCUACUUUUUCUCUU